CAUAUCCCUAAACACGUUCGAGAGGUUUUCGUGGUUCCUACUAAAUAAAUUGUGAAAUCCAGGGAAUUUAAGCGAAAAUCCCUCCCAAUUUUUCGCAUAAUUUCAAGUGGAAAGUGCCAAGCAAUGAAGUGAUAUACGAAAACUAUUGAAAAACUACAGGAAUAUAUCGAGAAAAUUAUGUUUUCUCGAUGAGACAUGCAAAGACAAGUGGACAACAACAGCAAACAGACGACAAAGAAGAAAGUAUACGAAGAAUGUAUGCAAUGUAAUGUGUGUGCGUGUGUGAAAAGCAGUCAGUGAAGUGAACAGAGAAUAACAAAAACAAAACUUCAGAGUGCAUGGAAAAAGUGAAGUAAAGCGCAAUUUUGGAUAUAAAAAAGAAAAACUGAUGUCUGAUUAUUAGUGAAAAUUUAUUUUGUUUAUGGGCCAACAAAUCUAAAUACAAUAUCAAUCUAGUAGCUGCAUACAUAUCGAUGGGCUAUUGUGAGUGAAUAGUGUACAGGGAAAAGCAGCACAACCAUAUAUACAUCUAUCGCAAUCAGUCAGCUAGUCAUCCAGUCAAAUUGAGAAUGACAACCAUAAGAGAAAUGCAAAAAAAUCCCAUUGACUAUUGUGAAUGAAUGCAUAGACCAAUAACAUUGGUGGUGGAGAGUAUUGUGAGAAGAGAGCUGAGAAUUGACCACACUGUGGUUUGUGUUUUGUUAUUUUCACCACAGUCUACAAUUAAAUGUUUGCAUAGACGGCGGUGUAAAUUGGAACAUGCAUAGAAAUUGCCAAAAUUCCGGGCUUAUUUACAAAUUGUUCGCCCUGUAAUUUGUGACAUACUAAUGUUGAGUGCCGGUUUCAUAUUGGGAUCAUAAAAAAUGUGAAAAUUUCCCAAAGAAGUGAAUAAAUUUCAAAAGAAAAAAAAAACAACACAGAAAUCCCAUUAGAAGAAGAAGACUCGGUCAUUGUCUAUUUUAUUUCUUGUUGUUUCUCUCGUUCUUUAGUGACCGCCGUUCUUCAAGUGCCGCUCGUUUGUAUAUGGCUAUCCAUCCAAUAGUAGCUACGCGUGUGUGUGUUUGUGUUUACUCACCUUUUUGUGUUCGUUUUUCCGUUCGUCAUCAUCGUCUAUUGUGUGUACGGCGGCGGCGGCGGGUUUCUUCUUCUUCUUGAACUGUAUAUGUAUGUGUCCGAUACUCAACUCACCGUGUUUAAUUACCUUAGUGCGUCGACGUCGGCUUUUUGUUGUCUAAGCACAGAUUUUUGCGGGUAUACUUAAAAUAAGAAAUAACAUCUCGGGCUCCCCCCACCUACAAAAAAAGGAUACUUAUUUGGUCCCUCAAUUGGUGAAAGAAAAAAUGCAAUAGUUUAUUCAGUAUCCCUUUGUGCAACCAAACAGUGCCGUCUACCGACCGAGAGUGUAAAACAAAUUGUAAAUAAAAUGAAAUAUUUUCGGUUGGAUGUGAAUUUUGCCGCCUUUGUUUAUCGCCGCAAGCCCAAGGAGGAGAAUGCAUCAAAAACUAUUUUGUAAACUAAAUCUCCGAUUUGUGGCGAGUUCAAAUUCGGAGUUGAACCAAAUUAACUUAAUUUUCAAUACCAAACAAAAAUCGUCAUCAUUAUUGUCCCCACCACCUGCUCCAGAAAAAGUUUUAUUAGCAACGAUAGCAAAAACUACAGCAGAUAUAUCUGCACAUUUUCAACAACAAAAACACCUACAACAAUAGUUUUCUGGGAUUAUUCAAGUAGCUGACCUCUCCAAGAGAAAGAAAACAUUGCCAAUGAGUCGACGACAGUCACUGGAUCGGCCAGGAAUAUUGUCUCCUCCGGGUCCGUUUCUAACGCCCAGUCCAUCACCAUCGAUCUCAGCUAGUCCACGUUUGCAACCGUCACCAUCGUUAUCACCAUUUCCCCAGGAUGUACUUCUAGUAACGGGCAAUCCGUUAGCCAAUGCCAAUACACAUGAACAGGAGCGUAAAGCUGUCACACCCGGUCGACGGCAAUCCAUACAUCAAUUUACGAAUGGUAGUCCCAAUGCUGGCACCGUGGUCUUCCAACCCAGUCCAUCACAAUCGCCUGCCGCAGCAACCAGUGUCAUUGGUAUAACAGCCAAUGCCGCUGGUGGUCUCAAUUUAGUGGGUAAUUUUCAAAAUGUGGCCACAACAACAGCAACAACAACAGGAAACGAUUUGAAUGCCACGCUGGUCGGUUCCAAUAACAUUCAAUUAAACAAGAAGGGCAAUAAGCGUCAACAACAUCAGCAACAGCAGCAACAACAACAUCACCAAAUAUUUAGUUCCUCCAAUAGCCACUAUACAAACAGCAACGCAACCACCACCAACACUACUAACCCCCCACACCCAUCAUCGAUCGCCGCAGCAGCAUCAUCAUCUGUUACUUCGGCUUCAUCGACUACUGCGACUAUAGCAGGCGGCUAUGGGCAAUCACAUGCAACAACGAUCAACAAUACACCGAAUACGUUUGCGACAACAAAUGUGGCUUGUUCGCCAAAAAAUCAAACGAAAAAAGGUGUUAACGCAACUAACCCAAACAGCACCGCAACAUCAUCGUCGUCCGCAGUUUUGCCCAUAAGUCAACAGCAGCAUCAACAAUUUCAACAAUAUCACAGCGGUAGUCCUUUAAUUGCCGACAGCCCCUCACCGAGUCCCAGCGGCACAACAAUAACCGCUGCCUCUAUCAAACCACCCACACCACAGCCACCGACAAUGCAAAUGUUACAACAACAAUUCACAAUAGCCAGCAAUGGCAAUGGCGGUCCCGGUACUGGUCCCCAGCAGACCUUUCAACUUAUUCAGGGUCCUCAGGGACAAAUUAUUGCGGCUGCCACAUCUACGCCUCAACACCAGCAACAAGCCAGAUUUACUACAACGCCCACGGGGAACCUAACAACGACAACAACGGGAGGAUUAACAUCGGCAACAGUGUUAGGCAAUGGCAAAGGUAAUAAAUUGCCCCAACAAAUACUGCCAAAGCCCCUGCAACAACAACAGCAACAACAAAUACUUAUUGACACACAAAAACACAAGCAGGGAAAUUCGGCGGGCCCUAAUCCGACACCGCCCCCAUCACAAACAGUUACCUCUAAUCCUACAUCGUCAAGCAAUUUGUCUCAACAACAGCAACAAACAUCAUUAACACAGAUCUCACAAUCAGCUCAGCCGGGCCAACAACAAAUCAUUUUACCCUCCGGUGCCACAGCUAGUCUUACAACCACCGCCGGCCAGCAACCGCAAUUGCUUUUGAACCAGGUACCUAUGUUGGUACAACAAAAUGCACCCCAAGGCGUACAGUUGAUACUGAGGCCACCAACCCCCCAAUUGACCGCCACGCCUUCUUUGGUCAUACAAAAUGCCCGGCCUCAACCCCAGUUGCAGCAACAACAGCCCCAACAGGUGUUAAGAAUAUUGGGUCACAAUGGUGCUACAAUGCAGCUGGCUGCGGCCACACCUACUUUUAUUGUUUCUUCUCAGGCAAAUCUCAUACAACAGGCCAAUCACUUACAGGCCAUCAAGACACAGCCCCAAAACUCAGCUAUCACACAGCUGAGCGGUUUGCAUGCAGCACUCUCAGCAGCAGCAGCUGCUAACCAACAACCCAGAUCUCAGCAAUUUACCACGACCGCGGCCACCAUCAAUGGUCAUUUGUUGGGUCCAUCCAUGGCAGCUCAACUUCAGAAUCUACAGUUGGCUGCUGCCGCAGCGGCCAACGGUAACAGUUUCACUGCUCAAAUUCAAAUGCCAAAUGGUCUAAGUGCCAGUGGGGCACCCACACUUCUCUCUCAGUUGCCGGCAAGUACUGGAACCGCUCAGUUUCAACAAAAUUCGGCCCAGGGACUUAUAAAUCUGAACCAACUAAGCAAUGCCAAUAUACAUUUGAACCAACUAAGUAAUGCUGGAGCAACUACCUUUCAAACACCAGCGGCCCCGCCUUCCACAAAUAAUGCAGGGGGACAACUAACUACUCAAAACUCGGCAGGAAAUAGUAAUUCAAAUCAAACAAACACAAAUGAUCUCUACACCACUAGCUUAACGCAAUCUUCACCGGCCCAUGUACCAGUUUCAGUGACCCCGGAACCCUUAAAUCGGCAGCCGACACCAGUGUUACAGAAUAUGCAGUCAACAGCAAGUCACCAACAACAACAACAGCAGCAGCACCAUCAACAAUCUGUGGGUGGCAAUGGCCAAAUUCAUUUGCAGUUCAAUGCGGCUGCCACAAUUCAAAUGCAACAGCAACAACAGCAGCAGCAACAGCAACAAAUUCAACAACUACAGCAGCAAAUACAACAAACGCAAAAUCAAGUUCAGCAGGCGCAACAGCAAGCUCAGGCUCUACAGCAACAACACCAAGUGCAACAACAGCAACAACAGCAGCAACAACAGCAACCUGAAACAAAAAAGAAAGCUAAACCAAGAAGAAGAAAGGCCCCGGCAACAUCGGCCGCGGCAAAUGCCAACUCAGUCGUUGCGGCCAGUUCCGCAGCACCCGCCAAUGCAAAACCUUUAACUACCACCGCUAAUAAAACAUUGAAUACCGCCACCUCGACUACAUCGGUGCUGGUGCCUGCCAUCAGCACCAGCAACACAACUACAAAAAUUGUUCCUAUGCUAAGCCAACAACAUUCGGGUAACUUAACCACCGUUCAAACAACAGUUCAACAGCAACAAUUUCAACAAAACAUAAUCGAAAAUAAACAACCACAACAACAGCAGCAACAACAAAGGCCAAAAUCGCCUUCUCCGCCACCGCAAAUACAAAGAGCUAGUAAUGGCAAACUAGAUUUGGGCAAUGUUAUGAAACUCUGUGGCAUCACAGAGGAUGAUGAUGAGGACUUUAUGGAUACCACACCCAUGGAAGAACCGAUGCCAUCAACAAAUCAGAUGACGAAUCCGUCAACAGAUUAUACAAUAUCAAUACCACAACCAAAUGGUAGUGGUGGAAAUGCCGCUCCAUCAUAUACUUUAUCUAUACCUGGGGUAACAUCAUGCCAAGAUCAGAUGGAUCAUUCGGGGGCAGAAACAGCUGCAGCAAAUAUUGUUAUCAAAAUUGAUCCUUCUGCAGAUUUAUUGGGUUCAUCCGCAGCCACAACAGCUGGGCCACAAGGACACCCAUAUUCCAUUACUAUACCCCGAUUGCCGUCCCAGGAGGAGAUACAGAAACAGGCUCAACAGCAUUUGCAACAGGUUCAAAAUGAGGCACAGCAAAUUAAAACUUCCAUGUCCGCAGCAUCAGGGGGACCAACAGCAAACAUUACUUUUACAAUCCCAUUAACAACGGCAGGAUCCAGUAGUUUAGCAAUGAGUUCUUCCGCGGCUCCCCCUACGAUAACAACUUCCGUGGCAGCAGUUUCUACAUCGGCUACAUCAACAACGAAUUCAACUACCACGACAGCUACUGUAAAACCUCGCCGCAAACCAGCGGCAAAGCGAAAUACUAAAAAGUCAGAUAAUGCCGCUAGCACGGCAGCAACUGUUGCGGUAAAUAAUUCCACUGUAACGGCCUCAUCGUCCAUAACGAAUUCCUUUAAUACUUUGCCAACUAGCAAUUCCUCAAUGGUAACAUUGCCUAGCAGUCAGAACUCUAAUCUACCUUCGCUUAAUAUUACAACAAGUUCAAUAUCCACACCCCUGCCUACGCCAUCGUUGGUACCCAGCCAAAUUGGAAAUAUACAAAUUUCACAAAUUGAUAAUCGUCUAGCAGGACAACAAGGUGCUGCCACCAUGGUUUCUACAACUCCUAUUGGUUCUUUGGUUGAAAAUAAAAUACAAAUUAUGCCUAUUUUAGAUAAGUCGGCUACCAACCAUCAACCACAACAAACGCAAAUUGUUUUCCAACCUCCGAGCUUAACCCAAAACCAUCCGAGUUUGGGCAACACAAACCUCCCCAAUACUCUCACAACGAAUCUAAAUGAGCAACAGCAACAGCCAAGACAAAUGCAGUUGGUUUCAUUGCCUCAAUUAUCGAAUUCUUCGGUGGCUUCGAAUUCUUCAUCGGUUAAUCUGAACAUGCAGGCACAACCUACAUUAGCAGUAGGUCAGCCCUCAUUUAAUGCAACAUUGAAUCCUCAGAAUUCGACAACGACACCAACAAAUGUCUUGGUCACCUCGCAGACACCAAUGCCACAGCAACAAAAUCAACAGCAAACCGCUCCGCCAUCAAAUCCUGCCCUACCAGGUCUUACAGGAAAUGUUUCGAUAUCUGUGGGUACACCAAACACUAUUGCUUCUUUAAUACCUCAAUUAACAGGAAGUCUGACAUUGGCAGUUUCCGAACAAUGUGAACGUUUGAUAUUACGACAUGAUCCCAAUAAACCCCAAGAUCAACAAUCACAGCUAAUAUUGCAGGCCUUGCUUAAGGGGGCAUUACCAAACGUCACCAUUAUCAAUGAGCCCCUCAAACAGAUGGAGCAGCCUCAGCAGCAACAUCGUCAAAUAGCAACAAACGUCAUACAACAGCAGCAACCUGCUCCUACGGUAGUAUCUACCGGCCCACCCAGCGGAAAUGUUAAGGGUUCGAAAAAGAAACAACAACAGCAGCAAAAUGUUGCUUCCGAGGCAUCCAAAGCAACAGGCGGUGGUAUUUCUAAAGCUCAAGAGCCACCUACAAAUUCAACGACUACAGUACAACCUCAAUUAAAUAUGAAUGUACAAACAAACGUUAAUAGUAAUCCUGCCCCCGUUCCUCAGCAAGAAAACAUCUAUUUAUCAUUGCCCAAAGUUGAUCCUGCCACACAUCAGUUAUUCUGCUUAAACAGUUUAACUAAUCAGAUUACACCGAUUGAAGCAAAUCAAACUACAGCCUCCAUUGGACCUACCGAACGUAUACUUAUUGCUCCGUCUGGCAUUAAUGCGCAACAACUGGCCCAAUGUCUGCAACAGGGACAAAUACAUUUCAACGACGCCAAUCCACUACCAGCAUCAUCACAAAUACCCCAAACGAAUCCUGCCCCACCUAGUUUACCAAAUUCUUCCAUCACCUUACCAGUGCAUCCCAUGAAUAAUGCGGGAUCAAUUCUAAGCAAUUCUAAUGCAACCUCUCUACCACAACAGGCACCAAAGCAACAGAUAGUUUAUCCUAUGACGUCAAUAUCGACCACCUGUUCCACAGCCCAGUCCUCUUCAUCCACUAGUACCACCACCACAAUAACCACCACCACUACCACUACAAAGCAAGUGGCAAAUGUUGCUCCUAUCAUAGAUCAAUCGAAAGCAGCUAAGCAAGAUAAUAAAUUAGCGCAGGGAAAUUCAUCGACAACCACCACUACCACAACUACGACUUCUACCGGUGCUGUACCUAAAAAGAAACCAGUAAGAAAGCCCAAGGCUUCUACGACAACAGCAGCCGAUGUUGCCCUAAUGAAAAAUGCCUCAGUGGUGAAACCGUUGCCAAAGUUAGAUCCCUUAUCACAGAAACCGCACAAUAACCCCGUACAAAUAGUGCAGCCAAAUACGGCCAGUGGCAAGCCAGUUGUGUCUACUUCUACGACCAGUACCACAACGUCCACAUCAAAUGUGGUUAGCAUACAGCCCUUUCAGACGCAAAUCUCAACGGGUACAAAACUGGUGGGGAUUACAGCUCCAAUGCAACAACAACCUCAGCCACAGCAGCAGUUACAACCAACAAGAACAAUAACAACAGGAGGAGCUCCAUCCCUGUCUCAGCAAAAUAAUAACUUCUCCAUAAAUUUUUCAUUGGCAUCCAUAGCAACGUCUUCUUCUAGUCAAUUAACAUCUGGAGUCAAUACAUAUGCCACCGCAACUCAUUCGGCCGGUAAUACCAUUAACACCCCCAGCUUAACGUCCAGUGGCAUGCAGAUGUCCCUUCCGACAAUACAACCAAUAGUAUCGACGGGCCAAAAUUUGCAACAGCAACAACAGCAGCAGCAACCUCAACAUACGGUUUCACGGGUCCAAACAAUACAACUAACCCAACAACAAGAACAAAUGCUGCGUCAAGUUCAAAUGCAAAUCCAAUAUUUGACCGUUAAAAUGCAACACAAAAAUUUAAUCUCCUCUAUGCCGUUGCCGGCCGAUUUGGAUCCAAGUGUUGUGGCAGCGUUCAAUAAGCCAAUGACUGAUAUAGAAAUCAAUCAGUCAUUACAGAGGCUAUUUAUGGAACAGCAUCGAAUACUGUCCUCAGGCAAAGAGAUCUCCACUUCAGAUCAAUUUAUAACAAAUUCUGUACCACCGAACUCCAAUCUGGGAACAUUUAAUUUAAUGUCAAACACAAACCCGCCACAAUCAACAAAUAACGAUAAUAAGGCUGCUUUAAGUGGAGGAAGCAUACCUGCCAAUGUAGUGCAACCAAACAACCAUUCGACUAAUACAAGUGGUGUGGGAGGAUCAAUAACUACCACACCGACUUUAAUAUCACAAGCGGGAAAUAUGCAACAACAGCAACAAACGCAGAAGAUACACAUAUAUCCAAUACAACAUCAGCAGCAUCAACAACAACCACAGCAACCAACUCAUGGGAGCAGCAAAAACGCAAAAGCGCCAAAACAACAGCAACAGUCAUCAGUUGUUCUAAACAGUAAUUCAAAAUCAAACAGCAGUACAACAGUAACAAGUACCUCCACCACAGUCGCUCCAGGACCUUUAUUAAGCCACAAUAAUAAAUCAAAGCAACAACAACACUCUUCUACUGGAUCCACUCUAUCGACAGCAACAACCUCCAAUACAACUACCUCGAUUGCAACGAACAGUAGCGGGAAUUCGAGCUUAAGUUCCAUUCCAGGAGGUGCUGCAAUCCUACAACCAUCUGGCAAUCUAACCAGCUCUAUAUUAAGUAGUCCUCAAUUGCCACAGUUAUCAUCGUUAUCGUCCAAUUCCAGCUUGCCCACCCUGCCCUUUGCAUCGCUGCCCCAGCCCCAUAUGAUUAAUAUCACAAAUAUGCCGGCUGUAUUGCAGCAAAAACAUUUUACACAACACUUACAAAUGCAACAACAACAAUUGCUGCAACAGCAAAAAAUACAAAUUGCCAAGGCGAAUACAACAUCACCAGCCUUUGCCAGCUUUCAAAAUACCAACACAUCGGGAAGCUUGUCAACACAUGUGGCGGGUGGAGGCCCACCACCUCUUAUUUUUCCCUGUAGUUCCACAGUUAGCUCAACAAUGACCACAACAAUUACACCACAAUUAACCCCGUUGUCGCAGCAACAUCAAUUCUCAACAUCACCUUCCUUGGCCACGAAUGCAUUUACCAUAAACAGCUUAAGUGGCAUAGGAACGGCGGGGAUAACAAAUCAAAAAUCAUUUAUUCUAGCGACAUCAAUGGGAACUCCCUCAUUGGUGCCAACAGCGACUUUAUCAGCGCCCAUUGUUUCAGCUACUACUUCAACCACAAAUGUUGGUGCUACGGCUCCUACCUUUGUUAUUAAUAAUCAUCAACAACAACAGCAAUCUGCGAUUACAUCCAGUGCUACUAACAGCUGUAAUACUGCGAAUACAACGGUGACUGCCAGUAAUAUGCCAACAUCCAUGGCCAUAACAAUGUCUAUGUCCAUGUCUUCGAUGACGUCGACAUCAGCAACAUUGUCUUUGCCUCAAUUGGUUAUGACAAGUGGUGCUGCGACAAGCGUGCCGCCUCUAGUUGCAGCCUCUACUACCACAGCAGUAGCAACAUCACCAUCAUCAUCCAUGUCCUGCUUGCAUCCUGUUGCUACCAUACAACCUGCCUCCGGUUCUACAACAAUUACAGCGACAUCCGUUGUCUCAACUUUGGCGAACAACAAUAACAUGAUGGUUGCUCCAACAAAUUCAAUCAUAAACGGUGGUCUAAACAUUGUUGGUAAUCCCAUUAGUCAAAUUGCAACAUUUAUUAAGACCGAGGAUAAGGUCCCAUCAAAAGCAAAACUUGCUCGUCUCUCCUUAUUCUUACAACAGCUAGAAGUUGAUCAACAAAAUUGUUCGAAACCUGAUUACAAAAAUCCAUUCCAAAAUAAAGAGGAAGCGGUAAAACGUUUGAUAAGGUAUCAUUGCAUGUAUCAGAACGAUGAAGACAUACCAAGUGAAGAAGAGGAGGAAUUUGAGAAGACAGCAAUACGUUUUCAAGACAAAUUUCGAAAACUUUCUGGCAAAUUCCAGCAAAUUAUAUUGCAAGAGUCAAUGUUACAACAUCGUACCUCAGAAAUAUGCCAAAUGGAAAAGCUCUUAAUCGAAGAUUUACGCCAAGAAAUUGCCGAUUCCAAGAAAUUGGAACAGGAUUUGCUCAAAUAUGAACAUGAAUGCCAACAACAACAGCAGCAAGGGCCCCAACAAUUUGAUAUUAAGGGGGGCUCACUGUUUGAUAAACUUAAAAAUGAAAUUAAAACCGAAACUCAAGAUUCGAAACCAAAUCUAAUGGAUAUCCCGAUGAAUAACGAUAGCAAUUCGAACUUCUGUACAAAUAUGCAAAAUACAUCAUCAUUGGAUUCCAUCAAGAAUGAAAUAAAAACAGAAUCUAUGGGAAAUUCUUCAAUGGCUGGUGGUAAAAGUUGUAAUAGCUCUAUCGACUCAUUUGAUUUGCUGAAACAAAGUCCUAUAAAUAACAACAUGGGUAGUUCAAAAUCAAAAAGUAAUGAAAUUAAAGAGCCAAAGAAGGAGGAAUGUUCCAACCAAUGGAGUGAUGUUUCACCUACAUAUGUGGAUUCCAAGAAUUCUAAUUCAUUUUACAAUCAACAACAUCAGCAACAUGCUCAGCAAAAAAUGCCUAGUAAUCUGUUCAAUGGUGACAUGAAGAAAGUAAUGUCUGCAACAACACCGUGUUCUGUCCUGAACAAUGAGGAGACAAAUGAUAGCUUCGAAAAUUUCGAUAUUGAAUCUGAGAUAACGCCCUCAUUUAUAAUGAAAAAAGUGGAACAUAAGGAGGAGCCGCAAUCAAACGUUAAUGUGACUACCUCAGCUUUAACGGGUUCCACUAGCACUGCUACCACCACUAUUACAUCUUCCGCCAAUACUGUCACCAUACCAUCAGUAAACACUUCAGUAUCUAGUAAGGCUAAAACCAAAGUCAAUAAAAUUAAUCAUGCUGUCGAUAAUACGCAGCCGACCAAUUCAUUACAAACAUCCUCCCAAGCAACUGCACAUCAUCAGCAGCAGCAGCAACAACAACAGCAGCAGCAGUCAAUUCAGGAUACGUCAUCUAACCUCAACGCACAGAGUAUUCUGUCCAACAAUUUUGAUUUCUCUCAACAUUUGCAGACCAAUCAUACAGCGAAUAAGCAACAACAAGAUGAUGAUUGGUUGUGUAUACAAAAGGAAUUGAAUUUAAUUAAUACCACCUCCAGCACUAAUGAUAACGUUAAUAACGAACCAAAACGUAAUAACGACAACAAUCAUAACAAAACACUAGGUUUUCUUGGCCAUGAAUCUUCAGAAGGUAUCUUCCAACAACAACAACAACGGCAGACACAAGUCUCCAACGAUACCACAACAAACUGUAAUGUUCCAUCUGUACUAGCCAGUGCAAAUAAUACCACCAGCGCACCUACUGCUAGUAGUUGCAGCCAACAACCACAACAAGCUCCCGAGCUCUCCCUCAACCAUGCGGAAGAAAGCCAUCAAGCUGAUUUGAAUGAAUUCUUUAGUGGUUCCGAAGAUAGUGAAGUUCACAAAGCCGUUGAAACUCGUUUGGAAUCUAUGUUUGGGGAAUCGCCCGUUCACUUGUCUGGAUCCAAAGAUCAUGUCGACUCUCCAUACAAUUUGGAAAUUAUGGGUUAUGGUGAAUCUGGGAAAUCAUCUACGACCAAACUGUUUGGCAAUUCUCCCGUGCAUUUAGGAGCUUCAAGUGGUCCAAAGGAUCGCAUUGAUUCACCUUAUAUGUCUAUGUUAUUUGGUGAAGCUGCUAAAUCUCCAGCGGCCAGCAGUGCAAAUUGUAAUACCGUAACAAAAGGAACUGACAAAACAAAUUGGGAUUCCGAUUUUACGGAUAAUUCGUUUUUAUCUACGGGACAAAAUGUUGGUUCUAGUUUUGCAAGUAAUGCUACCAAUAGCAUGACGCAUCACAUACAAUUGGGCUCAGCCAAUAAUCCUCGGUGGAUGCAAAAUAUGGAAGCACAAUUUCCCGUUUUUCCCAACACAAACAGUUCUACUAUGGGUGAUUGUUUGGGUAAUAGAAAGCGACAAUGGAAUGGUCAUAUGGUUGAUGAUACACAUACACCUCUCCAACAACAACAGCAUGGUGAAAAUAGUCCCCAAAAGAAGAUUUGCGGUAGUAUCACCGAUUCAUCUACCUCAGCCCAUUCUCCAUUAAACAUACAUCAGCAGCAACAGCAGUCAUCCCAACAGCAGCAACAGCAACAUCAUCAUAAUUUGGUGCCAAAUGAUACGGCGCAUGCCCAAGAUUUAAUGGAUGCUGCCUUAUUAUCUCUGCAUGAUGGUUUGGGGGUUGAUAAUGCAACUCCCAGUUCCCAAACCAAUGGUUAUAACCACCAUAUGAUCAUGAAUCCUACAGGCUUUGAUAGCUUUAAUCAAAUGGAUGCUCAGCAGCAACAAAAUUUACAGCAGAAUCACUUUAUGAAUGUCAAUCAAACGCAACAGCAGCAGCAAAUGAUGUUGAAUCAUCACAACAACACUGGACAUCAUGAUCAUAGCCAUCACCAGCAUCAAAAUUCUCCACCCCCAACAACAGGAGGAGGCGGAGAAUUUGAUGAUGAUAUCACCAGACAUGUUCAAAAUGCCAUAGAUAGCAUAUUAAAUUUGCAAAACUCCGAAGCAGAUUCCUUGUCGUUCUCACUUGAUCAUACUAUGGGUGUGCUCUUGGGUAAUUCCAUGAUGCAAGAUCAACAAAGUGCCAAUAAUACAGGUCAUGAUUCCACCAAGCGCCAACAAUUGGUUGAUGAAUUGGGUGAUUGUAUUAUGGGAAGUGGUGCUGGUGGCGGCAAUUCUUCUACCGAUGCAUCCAAUCUCACCGAAAGUCACUUACUAAUGGAUCAUAAUCCACAUACGCAUCACCCGCAGUUAAUGCAACAACAGCAACAACACGUUUUGGGUGGAGCUGGAAAUCACCAACAACAUUCACAUCAUCAACCCUUGGUUUCAGCCACAGCUGGCAAUAAUCCAAGUCAACAGCAACAGGCACAAUUAAAUGAUUUCAAUUGUGUGGUCAGCGGUAAUAGCAAUGUAAGUUCGUGACAGCAACAAACUUCGGCAGCUUCAGUAAGAGCUUUAUCUAGUAAUAGUAGUACACCUAUUCAGAAUCAACAAAUUCAAUCCAAUCACAUUAGUAUUCACCAAAAUAAUGUUCAGCAACUUCAGCCACAUCACGUUAGCGGUGGUGGCAGCGGCGUUAGCAGCAUCAUUGCUCAUUCUUUAGCCAACAACAAUAGUUUACAUCCAACAACAAAUGGCCAUGGUAACAAUAGUUUAAUUUUAGAAUUUAAUACAUCAGCAUUAUGAGAUCUUUUACAUUUUAUACCGCCAUUAGCAGUUUAGUUUCGCUCGCUCUGAAUUUAUUUUCACCCUUAAUUUUGUGGGAGCACGUGCAUGCGAAUUAUAUAAGGUAAAUACAUUCAGGUAUUUUAUGCAUAUGUGACGUUUUCAAGAAAAUACAUAAGGACACAUGAAAAUAUUGAAUUGUGUUUCCUCUUAUACCGACCUAUCGAAUCAUCGCCCUGUAUGAAUGUUUGAGUCCACUAUGUUAAUAAAAUGUCAUGUACUUAUUUGUAAAUUUAAAUUCAUUUAAUUGAUUCGUACUUUUUUAAGAUUUAAGCAGUUAGCGUUGUUUGCUUUUAUCAAAAUUAUCGCCCUAAAAGGAAAUUCGUGCAAAUUUAGAUUGUUCUUGUUUUAUUACGUGCAUCCGAAGACUCUUUAUUUUUCUAUUUUGACAGUGACUAAAUGAUUUAAAAUGGGUUUUUACCGAAAAAAUAUGUUUUUCUUUUCCAAAUGUUUGUGGUUAAAUAUAGGUUCUUUUAAAUUAUUCUCAUAAACUCUAAGAUAUUUCAUAUUCUUUGCAUGUCCCAAGUCUCUGAAAGUAGUGUUUAUAUUGAGAUUUGGGUCAGUUCUAAGGAUACAAAGUAUUAUAAAAUUGAAACAUAUUUCUCAAUAUUAAAGUGGGAAAAAGACGUUUGAAAUUUACAACAUUUCAUUUUUAUUUCAAGGAUAUUCCUCGAGUUUUUUAAUGGAAUCUUGUAAACUUCAAAUCAAAAAAUCCAUUCUCUAAAGAUUUUUAAAUAUUUGAAUUCAAUUAAAAUUCAAACGAACAAUUAAGAAAUAUUGAAAGAAAUUGUUAAAAUUGUAAUAUUUUUUUAUUAUCUUUAAAGUCUGUGUCUUUCUUUACUGUAGUUCUUUAUUUCUUCUGAAUUUAAUGAAACGUGUUGGCUCAAAUUAAUUGUAUAUCCUGACUAUACUUUAAAAAACCAAACCAAAUUUUAUUUCGGAAAGAAAAACUCUCUUAAAUUCACAGUAUCUUUCAUACGGAUUUAACGAUGAAAACAAUUACGUCUUUAGAAUACUUUCUGGGCAUUUUGAAAUAUGAAGCCAUUUCUAAGAACAAAUAUGACUUUUAAAUUCAAAAUAAUGUAAGCUUGACAUUUUCCGAAAUUAACUGCAAAAUUAUGUCAAAAGCAUAGAAAUUUAUUGAGCAUGCUUUAAUUGCUUAAAUCUUGAAAUACGGGCUUAUUUGUAUCUUGCAUGUGCAGAAACUUGCCAUUUCCAUUUCGGCUGAGUAUCAAUCAAGUUAUAUAUGUAAACAUGACAUUUUCCCAAUUUUGUCAAUGAGAAUGUUAUUGACUCCAAAACCGAAGGCGACACAUACUGAAUAUUUCACAUCAUUGCUACCCUACCUAUGGCACGCAUUUAAUUUCUAUAUUUACAAACCGUACAUAUAUUAUUUAUAUAUGUUUGAUUUGUUAGAUCAAUUAAAAUAUAACAAAAACAAAGUAAACUACCUUAAUUUUUAGUUUUCAUCUUAAUAACAACAACAAAACCACAACUAUAUUUAAGACAAAUAUUAAGUAAACGAAAUUAACAAAAUCUUGUGUUGUAUAUAAUUUAGCAUAAUUGUGUUUUUUUUUUUAAUGUUUAAGAUCAACAUUCUUUAGAAAUCUAAAUUAAUUGAUACAAUUUAGUUUAGUUUAAAUUUUUAUUUAAAAAAAAAACGUUUGUUUAAUUUAUUAAAACAAAAUAAGUAUAAUAUAAAAAAACAAAACAAAUAAGCAAAUCAACGACACCAUAGAAAAUACAACAGUAUUGUACAACAACAAGAAACAAAAGAAAGAAACAAUUAAAUCAAUAAAAGACAAAUUUGUUAAAAAAAAAAAAAAAAAAAACUAAAAUAAAACCACGACUUUAAAUCGAAAUUAAAGAAGAGUAUAUGAUUUCAAACAGCUUAAACUUUCGAUUGUCACAACAUUAAUUAGGUUUGUGAAUUGUGUUUAAUUUAAUUAAAGAAAAUGAGUAACAAAAUACCUUUAACUAUUAAUAGUAUAAAUUAUAGUAAAUUGUAACAGAAGAAAAGAAAACAACAGCGAACCAACUGGUUUUGUUUAGAACAUAUAAUAAUUGUGAAAACAAAAUUUAAAUAAAGCAAUUCUUUUUAGGCAACAAAAGCUAUAAAAACAAACUUCCACUCCAAUUGGUGUUCUUUGUUUUAUAAAACAAAUUAUUAUUUUAAUUUUUGCUUUGUUUUAUUUUUAGAAGAAAUUUCUCUUAUCCCCGCCAAUAUAUUCCUUCCCAUAUUUCUCGAUUAAUUAUUAGAAAGAAAUUUUGUGUAUUUUCUUCAAUUAUGGCCGUACAUUAAUAAAAUUAUUUUUGUAUAUAUUUAUUAUUUUUAAUUUGGACUGUGUUUUUUCGAAAACUUUUAUAAAUAAAUUGUUUUAUAUUUAAAUUGAAAUUUAAAA